UUAGCUUUACCCUCAGACUGACUGUUAUCAGAGAUUAGAGAAUUUUUUUCUCUCCGGGACUAGGAACCUCAAAUACCACUUCAGCCAUAAAAUAACCCAAAUACCCAUAGACCGCAAAAGUAUAAAAAUUUGGAUAAAAUCAGUUUCAGUUUUUCGGCUUCCGUUUCGACCAAAGAUCAUACCGCAAGAUGGAGGACUACUCCCGGGAGCCGUGUCCCUAUCGCAUUGUUGACGACUGCGGUGGAGCCUUCGCCAUGGGCUGCAUAGGUGGUGGGAUCUUUCAGGCCCUGAAGGGCUUCCGAAAUGCACCCCAAGGCAUCGGCAGGCGGUUUUCCGGGAGCUUGUCAGCCAUAAAGGCCAAGUCGCCGGUGAUUGCCGGAAAUUUUGCGGCUUGGGGCGCCAUCUUCAGCGUCGUAGAUUGCAGCCUGGUGUAUAUGCGACAGAAGGAGGAUCCUUGGAACUCGAUCAUAAGUGGAGCUGUCACCGGAGGCGUCCUGUCAGCCAGGAAAGGAGUGGCCGCCAUGGCUGGGAGUGCCAUUAUCGGGGGCACACUGCUCGGUCUCAUCGAGAGCGUGGGCAUACUGUUUACCCGCCUGUCGGCGGAUCAUUUCCGGAAUCCAUCGCCAACAACCAUGGAUAACCCGACGGACUUUGCAUUCGCCGGCGCCUCUCAGGCCAACGUCUCCAACUAAAUUUACAUUGUUUUUAGUUAUAUAACUAUUUCCAUUUUCAAAAAUAUCACAAAAACAAUACGUGUACAAAUAAAUACAAAUUCAAAGAGAA